GAGCGGCUGCGGGAGCGGGCGGGAAGCGGCGGUGGGAGCGGGCCGUGCCGGCCGGGAUCCGCCAUGUGAGAGCCCCAGACAGCCCCAGAUUACUCUUUACAUCUGUAGAAAUGGACAGCAGCAGUUUCAUUCAGUUUGAUGUGCCAGAGUACAGCAACAGUGUUCUGAGCCAGUUAAACGAACUCCGCUUGCAGGGGAAGCUCUGUGACAUAAUCGUGCACAUCCAGGGUCAGCCAUUCCGUGCCCAUAAAGCCGUCUUAGCUGCCAGUUCUCCGUAUUUCCGUGACCAUUCAGCAUUAAGCACCAUGAGUGGCCUAUCUAUAUCAGUUAUUAAAAACCCCAAUGUUUUUGAACAGUUGCUUUCUUUUUGUUACACUGGAAGGAUGUCCUUGCAACUGAAGGACGUUGUCAGUUUUCUGACUGCAGCUAGCUUCCUACAGAUGCAGUGCGUCAUUGACAAGUGCACACAGAUACUGGAGAGUAUCCAUUCAAAGAUCAGUGUUGGUGAUGUUGAUUCUGUCACUGUUGGUGCCGAAGAAAAUUCAGAGAAUCGCAAUGGCGUUAAAGACAGCAGCUACUUUGCCAACCCUAUUGAGAUAUCUCCUCCCUAUUGCUCUCAGGUGCGACAAUCAGCAGCAGGCAGUGAUCUUCGGAUGGAAACUACUCCGGGCAAAACUCUUCGUAGUCGUCUGCAAGAAGAAGGGCAUUCAGACCGAGGGAGCAGCGGGAGUAUCUCUGAAUAUGAGAUUCAGAUUGAAGGUGAUCAUGAGCAAGGAGACCUGAUAGUAAGGGAAAGUCAGAUUGCAGAGGUGAAAGUUAAAAUGGAAAAGUCUGACAGGCCAAGCUGCUCUGAUAGCUCUUCCCUUGGUGAUGAUGGAUAUCACACUGAAAUGGUGGAUGGAGAGCAGGUGGUGGCAGUAAAUGUUGGUUCCUAUGGGUCUGUUUUACAACAUGUUUAUUCAUUUACCCAUGCCUCAUCCCAGGCUACAGGUGUGUCAGAAACCUUUGGAAGCCUGAGCAAUACAAGUCCUUCAAGGUCAAUGCUGAGCUGUUUCAGAGGGGGUCGUGCACGCCAAAAACGAGUACCUACAGGUCACUUGCAUAGUGAUGUCCAGGGCUUGGUGCAAGGGGCUGACAGUGAAUCUAUGGUGAGUAAUCCAGGAUAUGAAAAUAGUCCACGGGAAAGAAAUGCAAGAGGUCAUUGGUAUCCAUACAAUGAGAGGCUAAUUUGUAUUUACUGUGGCAAAUCUUUCAACCAGAAAGGGAGCCUUGAUCGACACAUGCGAUUACACAUGGGAAUAACUCCUUUUGUGUGCAAGUUUUGUGGAAAGAAAUAUACCCGUAAGGACCAGCUUGAAUAUCAUAUUCGUGGUCACACAGAUGACAAACCCUUUCGCUGUGAGAUCUGUGGAAAAUGUUUUCCUUUCCAGGGUACACUAAACCAGCACUUGAGAAAAAAUCACCCAGGUGUUACAGAAGUGAGAAACAGGGUUGAGUCUCCAGACAGAACAGAAGCAUUUGUGGAACAGAAAGUAGAUAAUGAUGCUUCAGCUUCUGAAGCCAUGGAUUCUAGUAUAGAAAUUCAUGCAAUGUCUAACACAUCUGAUUAAAAUCUUACAUCUAAGUGAAACACAGACAAGCACAUUACUAAUGUAUUUUUUAAGUAUUUUAUUCUUUUAGUAAUCUUCACUACAAAUGUAACAGCCUUUUAAUUUUCCUGACCUUCUGAAAAUCAGUUAGAAAUGGUCUCUGGAGAAGACUUCAGAAGUAUUUUGUUUUUGAAGGAGCAUGAAUUGUUUGGGGUUGGUUUUUUUUAUAUCGUAAGAUGCUCAGAAUAUAAAGACAGUGUACUGGGGAAAAGCUAGGAGGAGUCUGCUGAUUGAUCUGGUGAGACACACAUGCCAGUGAAGGAAGAUGUUAGAAUAAGAUUGGCAGCUCUGCUGAAUGCUCAAAGAAGCUGUAAUUUCCUUUAUUUCUUAAAUCCUGUUGCUGGUAAUGAGUUACACAGCAGUGGGGAGAGAGAAUAUUACAGCUUUGAUUCCUCUCCUGUCACAACAAAAUCUGUUCAUUCUUACUAACUGGUUUUGGUAGUGAGUCUGUUUAUAUAUAUAAAUUUGCUUUAUAUAUAUAAAAUGCUUUCACUUUCCCUGUUCUGGUUGAAGUGAAUGUAAAAGUAUGUCGAGGCUAAUACCAUAUGCCAUUCUAUCAACUGUUAGGACUCCUCUCUGAUUAGGGUUUAGAACUUUGGACUUUGGGAGGAUGGUUUUGGUUUUAAACGAAUGUUGUUUGGUAUUCAUUUUAUUAAACUAUUACUUUGUGUGCAAAAGUGAGCAAAGUGAAUUACCUUGUUUUAAUAGCUUUGCUUUAUAACAUGUGUAAACCAAAUGCCAUAAAUCUAUUAAACGAUGGUUAAAUUGUUUAAAGGUUUUGUUAGUUGUCUAGAAUGCAAGCUGGACAACCUGUGGUGCUGACCUUUUUAUAUAUAUAGAGAUAGAUAUAUCUAUAUAUAUAGAUACACACACACACACAAAUAUAUAUAUAUAUAAAUAUAUAUAUAUAUAUAUAUAUAUAUAAAAUAUUAGCAAACCUAAAAGUAGCAUUGUGGUCUAUAAUGUGUUUUUACUGGCCUCAGAAUCUACCUUCAUUUCGUACUGUAGAAUCAUACCAGGUAAUUAAACUUAACUUCAUCACUCUUCAUGGUUGGUUAAAACAUGAGAGAGAUGUAGUUUAAACCACAGUAUUUCCAAGCAGUAUUUUAAUAGGUCUCUUCACAGAGAGCUGUUUUCAGGUGCACGUUGACUUCCUACUUAAAUCUCCAAGUGCCAGCACUUGGAAUUUGUACUUUUUUUGUAUAGAAAAACAGAUAUUCUAUGGGAAUUUUGAGCAAUAUGUUAUUUCAUAUGUGAGUAUUACAGAGUUGCUAUGGCUUCUCUGUUUUUUCAGUGGUUUUUUCUCUAUAAAGGAGCUACCAACAACUUUAGAAAUACUCUAAAUCUUUUUUGUUUCACCGAAUACGUGUUUUUAGUAUGGUGCUAACUUCAUAAUUUAGGUCAGUAUGGUAUAUAAAAUGUGAAACAUAAUCAUAAUGGUCAAGAAAAAAAAUCCCCAACAAUCGACAAACAAAAGCCCUCCCUACACAAACCAACUCCCCCAAACUCCCAAACAAACAGGAAAAACAAAAGCAAAACAAAAAUAAUAAUUAAAAAAAACCCACUGAAACACCCACACCAACAAAACCCAUACCACAAAAUACCAAUGGCUUAAGAGACCUCAAAAGCAUGGAAUGGCAAACACUACUGUUUAACAUUCUACCUGCAUUUUACCUGAUGAACAGAAUUAAGUAUUAAACUAAUCACAUACUUCUUUAGAACGCAGGUUUUAUAUUAUUUGGUCUUAUGUUUCUUUAGCUGAUACUGAAAAUUCAUUUAUGAACAUGCUGUUUAACUCCCAAAAAUUAGAAAAUAAAAGCUAAUUUCUAAAUUAUUGGAAAGAAAAAGGUAGGUUUGCUAUCUUGUGAAACUUUCUGGGCCCUGUGAAACUGGGGCAUAUUGUGCAGUAGCUUUAUUAAAUACAGUAGUUCUUAAUAUUGUGUCAGUCUGCAAUAAGAAUUAAUCUUGCAAACAUGAAUUUACAGUAUAACCUCCACCUGCUCCGUCGGAGCAGUUUCAGUUAAAUUGAGUACAUAAUUUGUCUCUUUGGCCCUAAAACUGCCUAAAUAAAGAGGCAGGGGUUGGGGAGAUGUUUCUCUCCUAGAGGCAACAACAAAAUUUUUGUUUCCAGUAAGGGAAGGGAUAAUCUGUGUCUAAGGCAGGUAGACUGUAUGUUUACCCACCUGAAAACAUGGUGGUUUUGAUACAGUUUUUUUCCUUGAGUGUUUAUUUUAAGUAAUUAAAUGCAAAAAGUAUGUUUUGGUAAAAUAAGUUUGAGACAUGCAAAAUCCAAGAAAUGUACAGUUAUUCUUAACCCUUUAUCUUGAACCUGUGCUGUGGUGCCUUUGGUGUGACUUUUUCCCUGGAAGGAUGACUUGAGGAUAGCAAGAUAUGGGUACAGAUUUAUAUUUCUUGAAUUUCUCUGUGUCACAAUCUUAUCAUUAUUUAAAUCUAGUUACUUGUAUUUGUAAAUGUAUCAGAAUGGUUUGAGUUUACCAAAGAGUGACUUAUCCAAAAUUGUCUCAGACAAAAGCAAACAAAAAACAACAUCAUGUUGAUUGUACAGGUUCAGGUUCUAAACAUUAUAACAGACUGUUAAGGGGCAGGAAAUGAUCCAUUUUUCUACAAGCUGUGAUUCAGCAGUGUGCAAGUCCUGCUCGCCCCGGCUCGUGCCGGGUGCGCCAUUCCCUCCCCGCGCGGGCAGCGUUCCUGACUCCAAGCCAUAGUCCAGUUCUGCGGCCGGCAGCGCUCCGGGCUCCGGCAGCGCCCCGCGCGCAGCUCUGCCGGACACCGACUUCACCCUUGGCAGCAGCAGUGCCACUGUGCCUUGUCACAUAGCGGGGUGCCAGGAUCAACACUGUCACAGACACGAGGCGUGACCUGGUGGAGUUUAUGUCACCAGUCCACCGAGCAGGAGCCAUUACUUUAGCAAAUGGUGGAAACACUGUACAGUGUCUCGUGUCUUGCAGUUCUCAGCACAGAGCUGUUACACAUUUCAUUUACAAUAAAUACAGAAGUCAGUAAAAUAUGUGAAGAAAUAUUUGACAGGAAAAUAAGUAAUGAAAUGAUACAGGCUGGUUCAUAAUUGAGUCUCUUCUUAAUCUACCUUUUUAAUUCUAGACAAAUGUGAAAACAGUGACAGUGUCCUUUCCUCUAGAUGCUUAACCUAUUCUGACAAACUGUGAAAAUAAAGGAUUUUAUACCUUUGCUAAUGUUUCUAGUUUAAAACUAUUAUUUUAGUUUUCUUUAUCAGUUAUCUUCCAUAUUAUUUCUUUUCGACUUGUAAAUACAUUUAGGAAAUAGCUUUGUAAAUACUUACAGUGUAUUAAAAGUUCAGUUUGGUCGCUAACGCCUCAAGAUUGGCUCUGCUUUCUGAGUGUGAAAUCUUUCUGUAGCAUAAAGGAUACUGUCAGUUCACUGUUAGCAGGGUAGACUGUGGGCCUAAAUUGAGAGUUUUAAUGCAGUCUUCCCCAGCAUAAAUUUGUGUUUUAUGCUGAAACCUUUGGUUUACUUUUAGACAAAACAAUGAGGCCUCUUAAUAUGUUUAGGCUUUAGAAUUAUGGGAAGAACAACAGGAAUAAAAUCAAGGGCUGGGAAAAUAUUGAAUAAGCUUUACCUUUAAAUAUAUAUAUAUAUUAUUUGAAUUUUUGUAUUAGUUUACUGUGAUUCUUUUGUUGUCAUUUUUCUAAACAGGUUUCCCAUGAAACCAUUAAAAGGGACUCAAAUAUGCAACACCUAAUCUAUUUUCCAAGGGAAUUUUACCCUUGAAUGGUGCUUUUUGACUGGUCAGGGUUAUUUAUUAAAUUUUAUAUUUGAAAAUAUUUGGGGAAUUAUGUAAAUUCUUUAUAUGAAUCUCUUUAUUUCAUGAAUUGUAACUUUCAUAAUACUCAGUGAUCAAAUUGGAAGUUUAGUAAAGUCAUUCAAAAUGUUCAAACUUUAUAAUGCGUGUGCAUUUUACAUAUAUUUUAUCAAGUGCCAGAAUACUUGUAUUUAAUAUUGUAGAUUUAAUACUACUUGCACAUCCCUGUGGCAGCAUUAACUUAAGUUAUGCAAGUUUACAUUAAAAACAAAAAAAAGCUAAACAAAUAAGUAAGCCUGGGACAUGUGUUCCUGUUUUUCUUCAGGGGAUGUGAAGCCGUGUAUACUGACUGAGCAGGUUUGCUUCUUGCUCCUGUAGCUUGCUCCUGCUAUGGCAGAUACAGAACUGCUGACUCCCAUCCCACAGGCCAGGGUUUCAGCCUUUGGACUCAGCCCGAGAACCUCUGGUUGUAGAUCUGGUUAGAGGUAGAGCUCUUGCACAAUUUUAACAGUGUUUGUUUCUGACUGAAAAAUUGUAUUUUUAAAUAACUUUUAUUUGUAUGGUUAUUUUUCAAGAUAAAUAAUUGAACAGUUUGAAUGACUUGACUUGGUGUCAUUAUCUUGCAAUAUAAACCGGGAACCUCACACCUCUGCACUUCAUCGCCACGUGAAGUAAAUGAAGCUAGCUAAGCUGAUGCUGUAAGAAUUAGUAACUUGCCAUUAAGGAUUAUUUUACAGCAUGAACUUUAAUAUAUUUAUUCAAAUGAUAUUUUACUCUUGUAUUCACUUUGGUUUUAGAUUUGUGACAUGAAUAUUUCUGUGCUGCUUUAUUUUGUUCUGAUGAAUUUGUUUCUUGCUUGUAAAUUGCUUUUUUUAUGGUAUAAAG